AUGUUGGCGCGAGCGCGCGUGCUCCUGGGGACCGAGGGGGCCACCAGCCUGUCCUCCGUCUCCACCCUCUGCAACACCGCCCUGGGUGCAGGGGUGCUGGGGCUGCCCUACGCCUUCGCGCGCGCAGGCUUGGUCGGCUGCCUGCUGCUGUCGCUGUCCGUGGCGGCCCUGGAGGCGUUCACCAUGUACGUCCUCGCCAAGUUUGCGGAGCGGUACGACGCUCCAUCGUACGGCACGCUCAUCCGGCGCGCGUUGGGGCGCAAGACCGGCGGCGUGCUGUCUGGGGUGAUGGUGCUCUACCUCUGGGGAUCGAGCGUGGCAUACCUGGUCGUCGUAUCCGACACGUUCACCAGCCUCUCAACAAUGCUGCUGGGACCGACCGCCUGGUGCUCCCACCGCGUGGCGCUGCUGGCGGCUUUUGGGCUGGUCCUGCUGCCCCUCUGCUUCCCGCGCAACCUCUCGGCCAUGGAGUACGUCAGCGCGGCGUCGGUUGUGGCUUUCCUGUACUGCUGUGUCGCGGUGUCCGUCAGGGGGUUCCAGGCCGUCGCGGCCCGGCCUGACCCCUGGGCGGGCAUCUCAUUAAUAAAGCUGGACGCCGGGGCGCUCUACGCGCUGCCGCUCGUCAUAUUCGGUUACAACUGCCACGCCAACGUGGUGUCUGUCUUUGUGGAGCUGGAGCACCGCCCCAGCCGCCUCAUCCCCGGGCUUCCGGCCAGCCCUCGGGAGUAUUAUGACUUGGGGCGCCUCGCCCCCAAGCCCUCCACCUACAAGCUCAUCGGGAUGCUUGGCGCCAUCAUCGUGUACAUGCUCAUCAUCUUCCUGGGCUACUCAUCGGUCGGCAUAUCAGGUUACCUGGCCUACCCGACCUCCGUCAGUUCAAACGUCCUCAACUCCUUCCCGGCCGGGGACAUAGCGCGGGCAGCGAUCGGGUGCGUCUGUGUCGGCUCAUACCCCUUGAACCACCACCCCGCCCGGGCGGCCUGGGAGGACUUGUUCGACGCCCUGGCGGACGUGCGGCAGCUGCCCAAGUGGCUGUCCGUCUCCCUGACCACGCUGUUUGUCGCCUCGACGGUCGGCACGGCGAUGCUGGUCACCGACCUGGGCAGCGUAUUGCAUAUCGUCGGCGGCACAGCCGCCGCGUUCAUGGUGUUCAUGCUGCCGGGGCUGCUCCUGAUGAAUGCCGCAAUCAUCAAGCACACGACCACCAGCGGCCCGGCGGUGGGCAGCGGCUUGUCAGAUCUCGCGGACGUUGAGGAAGAUGGGGAGUUGGGCGACGACAGCAGCGGCAGCGGCGCCGACCGGCAGCAGCACCAACAGCAGCAGCAGCAGCGGCAACGGGGUGCUGCAGCGGCGGAGGACUCCUCGGCGCCGCUGCUGGACACCGUCUCACUCAGCAAAAAGGCGGGCUUCAGGGACGCGGGCUUCAUCUUUGCGCCCCGCAAGGGCUGGUGGGCGGGGCUGGGCUUGGUGGCGGUGAGCCUGGCCGUGAUGACCAUCACAGUGCUGACCACAGAGUAG